AUGGGGGGUCCAUACCAACAGUACUACGUAAAUCAAGCCGGUACUGGCAUUGGUACGAUUUAUAGGGGGUCACCGUAUCAAAGAGGUCAUGGGAUAGGAAGCUGGUUAGGUGGAGUGUUUCGUAGUAUUUUACCAUUGUUUAAAUCCGGAAUGCGUGCAGUUGGGAAAGAAGCUUUACGAACCGGUACGAAUGUACUAGGCGAUAUAAUCGAGGAUAAGCCUAUCAAGGAAGCGUUUCAAGAUCGAAUUCACGAAGCAGGAAGAAAUCUAAAACGCAAAGCCGAUGAAAAAAUUGAUACAUUGAUGCAAGGAUCUGGUUAUAAAACACCUCACAUACCCAAACUUGAUCAGUUUAAAAUUGCAAGUCGUGCAACUUAUAAAGUAAAAAUUGUCGAUGCCAAUUUGCUGGUACGAAGAAUGAAGAUAAAUCCUACAAUUCUUCUCGCUCACACUAAAGCAUUAGAAACGUCCGCCGCAAAAUAUCCUAUUACUCGGACCGAUGUAAAAGUGUUAACAAUACCAACCGGAAUACAGCGUAAAUCUUUAGAUAACGUCUUCCUUGGACAGCUGCCAAAACGUUGCAUAAUCGGUUUUGUAUCCAAUAAAGCGUUUAAUGGCGAUUACGCGUCUAACCCUUUCAAUUUCCAAAACUACAAGAUUAAUUACAUGUCCCUGUACAUCGACGGACAGCAAAUUCCUUCAAAGCCGUUGCAACCUGAUUUCACACGGGAAGGAUUAUACGUACGGGCAUAUCAUACUUUAUUUUCGGGGACGGGUAUUCAUUUUUUGAAUGAAGGAAAUAACAUAUCGCGUUUAGAUUACCCUCACGGCUACUGUUUAACUACCUUUGACCUGACACCUGAUUUAUCCGCUAACGCCACAACACAUUGGAAUUUAGUUAGGAAUGGUUCAUUGCGCAUCGAAGUUGGAUUUCAAGAUGCGUUAACUGAAACAGUAAACUGCUUGGUAUAUGCGGAGUUCGACAAUGUCAUUGAAAUCGAUAAACACCGAAAUGUUAACGCAGAUUUCAACAGUUAA